GCAUGAGAGUAGCAUCACUGGUUUUGUGUUAAAACCCUGUGGCGGCAAAGUGCUGUUUAGUGAUGGUGUCAGCGCAAGUAUGAUGGACAUCAAUGGACAAGUGAUUACUGUAGACUGUGGUGACCAGCGAAAUGCUUUCCUUUUGCAGCGUGAUAGGUUAAAGGCUCUGAUGUGUGCCAGAGUGGCAGUGCCCCGCUGGCAGCGCCGGGUCACAGGAGGUGUUGCUUGCUGUGGUGCAGAGCCAGCGGUGAGCCUUCAGAAUGUGCAGGCAUUGGAGGGUGAGGCCUUCGUGGCUGGCCAUGGCUGCGUGACCAGUGGACUGAUCUUUGAGGCGCACGCACUGGAGGAGCCAAGGCAUUUUGAUUGUUGCACCUUGGAGGAAGUUCGCUCCAAGUUGGCGUCCCUGCUUCUGCCACAGUUGCACUACCACGCUUCGUUCAACCAGAGCGAGCACUGGGGUGACUGCAAUGAUGGGAGUUUGGCCGAAUCUUAUCCCAACGCUGGAGACGAGGAUGGGCUUAUCCUGCUGGAUCUGUGGGUGCUACCAUCUGAUUUGGAGGAAGACCAUCCCACCGCAGCGUCUUGGCGUCUUCCCUUGGCGUAUGGCGUUGUUCCUGCUGUGAAAGGCAUGGGACCAGUGGGGCAGGAGACUGCGCUGCUGUCGCGUCGGCAAUACAAGGCCCAGGUGGCUUCAGCGGUUCGCUCUACCGCGGUGAACGGAUGCGAUGCCCUUUUGGUGGCUUGCAGCACAGAGCGUUUGCGCGCGGGAGACUUCGACUUGGAACGGCCUUGGCCAUCGACCCGCGGGUCCGGUGGUGGAGGGCGGCUCUCUGUCUCUUCCUUUUCGUCCACGACAGACUCGCUGCUAGACGAGCUCCGGCGGCGAGUUCGGGUUCUGCCUCGGCUCCUCUCUCGGCUUCUUUCUUUCUGCUUCGGCUCGGGCAUGGCUUGGAAGGCCGAUCGCCCGCAGGCGUUGGGCCCGCAGGCCUACAAUAUCGCCCGCAGGCGGCUGAAGUCUGGGCUGAAGUCCUGUGGAAUCCUGCAUGUUUUCAGCAAUGAAAUUCUGGGCAUGGCCCCAAAGGCAGGGGGAGUGGUGGGAUUAGUUUUGAUCAGAGACCUUGCAGAGACCUUGCAGUUAGGUGCCGGCUCGUCGGAAUGGCUGCGCCGGACACAGCGCGCCCUGAUGGUG